AGCAAGGACAGGACUCGAAGGAAAAUGUUUCUCCAUUUUGGAAUACUACUUCUUCUGUCCCAAGGACUCCUUGGCGAAGUGGACGUUUCGGAAGCUAUUGAUGGAGACAGCCGAAUAAUCGGUGGCCAAGAUGCCACUCCAGGCACGGCUAACUACCAAGUUUCAAUACGUAGUCAUAUAGGAAACAAAGAUUGGCACAGUUGCGGAGGGUCUAUAUUAAACGAAGAGUACGUGUUAACAGCAGCUCAUUGCAUUUAUCAGGAAAACAUGAAAGAAAUGUCAAUAAUCGUUGGCACUCACAUGAUCAAUAAAGGCGGCGACCGAUACAAGAUUAAGAAAUUGAUCCCUCAUGAGAAGUAUUCAAGGCAGACUCUAAAGAAUGACAUAGGCAUCGUACAGAUACAAGGCAAAUUCAAAUACAGCGAUAAGGUUCAACCCAUUGAGUUGUUAAAUGAAAUGGUACCCAUUGGAAAGAAAUGUCUCUUGACUGGCUGGGGAUUAAUAAACUAUACAAAGCAAACUUCACCAAACAAUCUUCAAAUGUUGGAGUACGAAACAAUAAGCAAUGACGCCUGCUCUAAACGAAUAAAAAGCUCACUUUACGCGGGACAACUCUGCGCUAAGCGCCCGAACCAUAAAGGUGCAUGCUCUGGUGAUUCUGGAGGUCCUCUCGUUAUUCAGGACGAUAAGAACAAAACUGUUCAAAUAGGAGUCGCGUCCGGGGUAGUAAAUCCCUGCGCCAGCAACUAUCCUGAUCUUUUUGAUUCAGUCCACAGUUUCUACGAUUGGAUACAGAGCAAUAUUAAAUAAAUUACUUUUUAAAAUUCAA